AUGGCUCGAGAGCAUCGAACGCCCCUCAAACGCGUCUCUCAUGGCUCGCUAUCUGCUCUCGCUCGAUCUACUGGUGCAGACAAUGGCCCAACUGGUCUUGAUUUUUUAGAGCCAGCUUUUGCUGAAUUCGCAGACGAGGCGGCAGCUAUGCACCGGAAUAUAGAACGGAUGGGUGACCUGUAUGAAACACUAGAAACUUUCAAUGAAAGCUUCAGCAGUUUUCUAUACGCUUUAAAUAUGAAUGCCUAUACUGUCGAGUGGCCCCAGGCACCACGACCGGACAUAUCAUUCAAGCUUGGAGAAGAUAGAGCUGAACAAGCUGCAGCUCGAGCCGCCGCCCAACGCACGCCCGCUCCUUCAUCGCCGCCCCCACAACCUGCAGAGGCAGAUACUCGUGAGUCUUCGCCUGGAGCGGAUGCUGAAACAGCACAAGAGGAUCCUUCUUCUCGUGCUGUAUCCCGGGCAUCGACUUCAGCGCCCACAAAGGGCCGUCCUGGGGCGAAACCCAAAAUGAGCGCCAAAGAAAAGAAGGAAAGAGCUGUCGCAGUUGAGAAAGUUAUCAAUGCUCUGCCAUUGGAGUAUCGGGGAUCUGAGCCGCGUCUGAGAGACCAUAUGGAAAUCAUUAUCGGAAAACUCAUGGACGCGCCCAAGGGACUUCGGGUUACCGAUUGUGUUAGUCCCCCAGAGAUCCCUCAGGCCCGCGCCAAUAAAUGUUUGAUUGCGCUUGUUGCUCGAAAAGUAGUGAAGAAGUCAUCGGCUGGAGGCGCAGCACUGUACACUUGGGUAGGGAUCCCUUAG